ACGAUUCUGGAGUCCAGACGCAGCUCUCGGUUCCCUCGCCUCCCGAGUCCAGCCCAGCCCGCCGCUAUGCGUCCUGGCCCACGGCACCCGCUGCCAGCCCCAGUCCUGGCCCUGGCUCUAACCUUGGCUCUGUUGGCCAGACCUGCCUUUCCUGCCUCCUUCUUUGGGGAGAACCACCUGGAGGUGCCUGUGCCCACAGCCCUGACCGACAUAGACCUGCAGCUCCAGUUUUCUACCUACCAGCCUGAAGCCCUGCUUCUCCUGGCAGCAGGCCAGGCUGAUUAUCUCCUCCUGCAACUCUCCUCCGGACACCUGCAGGUGAGACUUGUCCUGGGCAAGAGGGAGCUGAGGCUUCAGACCCCAGCAGACAUGGUGUUGAGCAACUCCAUCCCCCACACCGUGGUGCUCACUGUUUCUGACAGCCAGGCCAUGUUGUCCAUUGAUGGGCUCCUGAACAUCUCUGCCUCAGCCCCGGCAGCCCCACUCGAGGUUACCUAUGGGCUCUUUGUGGGGGGCUCUGGAAGCCUUGACCUGCCCUAUCUGAGGGGAACAAGCCGACCACUGAGGGGCUGCCUCCACUCAGCCACCCUCAACGGCCGCAGCCUCCUCCGUCCACUGACCCCUGAUGUUCAUGAAGGUUGUGCUGAAGAGUUCUCUGCCAGUGACGAUGUGGCCCUGGGCUUCUCUGGGCCCCACUCAUUGGCUGCCUUCCCUGCCUGGGGCACCCAGGAGGAAGGUAUCCUGGAGUUUACGCUCACCACAAGGAGUCAGCAGGCACCCCUGGCUUUCCAGGCAGGGGGGCAGCAUGGUGACUUCAUCUAUGUGGACAUAUUUGAGGGCCACCUGCGGGCUGUAGUUGAAAAGGGCCAAGGUACCAUGCUGCUCCAUAACAGCGUGCCUAUGGCUGAUGGGCAGCCCCAUGAGAUCAGCGUGCACAUAGAUGCUAACAGGCUGGAAAUCUCCGUGGACCAGUACCCUACACGUACUUCAAACCGUGGCAUCCUGAGCUACCUGGAACCACGUGGCAGUCUCCUCCUUGGAGGGCUGGACAGAGAGACUUCCCGUCACCUCCAAGAACACCGGCUAGGUCUGGUGUCAGGGUCUGCCAAUGCCUCCCUGGUAGGCUGCAUAGAGGACCUCAGUGUCAAUGGCCAGAGGCAGGGGCUCCGGGAUGCCUGGCUGACCCGCAGUAUGGCAGCUGGCUGCAGGCCCGAGGAAGAUGAGUAUGAGGAAGAUGCCUAUGGUCCAUAUGAAGCUUUCUCUACCCUGGCACCCGAGGCCUGGCCAGCCGUGAUGCUGCCAGAGCCAUGUGUUCCUGAUCCAGGACUGCCUCUUGUCUUUGCAAAUUUCACCCAGCUGCUAACCAUUAGCCCACUGGUGGUGGCUGAGGGUGGCACAGCCUGGCUUGAAUGGCGACAUGUGCAACCCACACUGGACCUGAUGGAGGCAGAGCUGCGGAAGUCCCAGGUGCUAUUCAGUGUGAGCCGUGGGGCACGUCAUGGAGAGUUGGAGCUGGACAUCCCAGGUGCCCAGGCCCGGAAAAUGUUCACCUUGCUGGACGUGGUAAAUCGUAAGGCCCGCUUUGUCCACGACGGCUCUGAGGAUACCUCUGACCAGCUGAUGCUAGAAGUGUCAGUGACGGCCCGAGUGACUGUGCCCUCCUGUCUGCGGAGGGGCCAAACUUACAUAUUGCCCAUCCAGGUGAACCCUGUCAAUGACCCUCCCCGUAUCAUCUUCCCUCAUGGCAACCUAAUGGUGAUCCUAGAACACACACAGAAACCACUGGGACCUGAGAUUUUCCAAGCCUAUGACCCAGACUCUGCCUGUGAGGGCCUCACCAUCCAGCUCCUUGGCACCUACACUGGUGUCCCUGUGGAGCAUCGAGACCAGCCCGGAGAGCCAGUAACUGAGUUUUCCUGCCGGGAGCUGGAGGCAGGCAAUAUAGUCUACAUUCACCGUGGUGGGCCUGCACAGGACCUAACAUUCCGCGUCAGCGAUGGGAUGCAGGCUAGUGCCCCAGCUACACUGAAAGUAGUGGCUGUCCGGCCAGCGAUACAGAUCCACCAUAGCACUGGACUGCACCUGGCUCAGGGUUCUGCCGCAUCAAUUUUGCCUGCCAACCUGUCAGUGGAAACCAAUGCUGUAGGGCAGGAUGUAAGCGUGCUGUUCCGAGUCACCGGCACCCUGCAGUUUGGGGAGCUGCAGAAACAGGGAGCAGGAGGAGUAGAGGGUGCUGAGUGGUGGGCCACACAGGCAUUCCACCAACGCGAUGUGGAGCAGGGUCGCGUGAGGUACCUAAGUACUGACCCACAACACCACACCCAGGACACAGUGGAGGACCUGACCCUGGAGAUACAGGUGGGCCAGGAGACAUUGAGCAAUCUGUCUUUCCCAGUGACCAUCCAGAGGGCCAUGGUGUGGAUGCUGAGAAUGGAGCCACUGCAUACUCAAAACCCCCAUCAGGAGGCCCUCACCCUAGCUCACCUAGAGGCUGCCCUGGAGGAGGAGGCAGGCCUACGCCCUCACACCUUCCACUAUGAGCUGGUUCAGGCCCCCAGAAAAGGUAACCUUCAGCUCCAGGGCACAAGACUGUCUGACGGCCAGAGCUUCAGCCAGGAUGACCUGCAGGCAGGUCGGGUGACCUAUAGGGCCACAGUGCGGGCUUCGGAGGCAGCCGAUGACUCAUUCCGUUUUCGUGUCACAGCUCCACCACACUUCUCCCCACUCUACACCUUCCCCAUCCACAUUGGUGGUGACCCAAAUGCUCCUGUCCUCACCAACGUCCUCCUUGUGGUACCUGAGGGAGGAGAGGAAGUCCUUUCUGCUGACCACCUCUUUGUCAAGAGUCUCAACAGCGCCAGCUACCUCUAUGAGGUCAUGGAGCGACCGCGCCAUGGGAGGUUGGCUUGGCGGGGACCACGGGGUAAGGCCACCCCAGUGACAUCCUUCACUAAUGAGGACCUGCUGCGUGGCCGGCUGGUCUACCAGCAUGAUGACUCUGAGACCACAGAGGAUGAUAUCCCAUUUGUGGCCACUCGCCAGGGAGAGGGCAGUGGUGACAUGGCCUGGGAGGAAGUGCGAGGUGUCUUCCGAGUGGCCAUCCAGCCUGUGAAUGAUCAUGCCCCUGUGCAGACCAUCAGCCACAUCUUCCAUGUGGCCCGGGGUGGACAGCGACUACUGACUACAGAUGAUGUGGCCUUCAGUGAUGCUGACUCAGGCUUCACCGAUGCUCAGCUGGUGCUGACUCGUAAGGACCUCCUCUUUGGCAGCAUUGUGGCUGUGGAGGAGCCCACACGGCCCAUCUACCGCUUUACCCAGGAGGACCUCAGGAAGAGGAAAGUCCUGUUUGUGCACUCUGGGGCUGAUCAUGGCUGGCUCCAACUGCAGGUGUCUGAUGGGCAGCACCAGGCCACUGCCAUGCUGGAGGUGCAAGCAUCUGAGCCCUAUCUUCGUGUAGCCAACGGCUCCAGCCUUGUGAUUCCACAAGGAGGCCAAGGCACCAUUGACACAGCCAUGCUCCACCUGGACACCAACCUAGAUGUCCGCAGUGGAAAUGAGAUCCACUAUCAUGUAACAGCUGGCCCUCACUGGGGGCAGCUGCUCCUGGCUGGCCAGCCAGUCACCACCUUCUCUCAGCAGGACCUGUUGGAUGGAGCCAUUCUCUAUAGCCACAAUGGCAGCCUCAACCCCCAUGACACCCUGGCCCUGUCUGUGGAAGCAGGGCCAGUACACACGGAUACAACCCUACAAGUGACCAUUGCCCUAGAGGGCCCCUUGGCCCCACUGCAACUGGUCCGGCAUGAAAAGAUCUACGUCUUCCAGGGGGAAGCAGCAGAGAUCAGAAGGGACCAGCUAGAGGCAGCCCAGGAGGCAGUGCUGCCAGCAGACAUCAUGUUCUCAGUGAGGACCCCCCCAAGCGCUGGCUACCUGGUGAUGGUAUCCCAUGGCAUUUCAGCAGAUGAGCCACCCAGUCUGGACCCUGUGCAGAGUUUCUCCCAGGAAGCAGUGGACAAAGGCAGGGUUCUCUACCUCCACUCCCGUCCUGAGGCCUGGAAUGAUUCCUUCUCCCUGGAUGUGGCCUCUGGCCUAGGCACUCCUCUUGAAGGCAUCCUUGUGGAGUUAGAAGUGCUACCCACAGUUAUCCCACUGGAGGUGCAAAACUUCAGCAUUCCUGAGGGUGGCACUCGAACCCUAGCCCCUCCGCUGCUCCACAUCACUGGGCCUUACUUCUCCAAACUGCCAGGCCUUGACCUACAGGUGCUAGAGCCACCCCGGCAUGGGACCCUGAAGAGAGAAGGUCAACCUCAGGAUGGGAGCCUCAGCACUUUCUCCUGGAGAGAGGUAGAAGAGCACCUGAUCCGCUAUGUACAUGAUGGAAGUGAGACACUGACAGACAGUUUUGUCCUGGUGGCUAAUGCCUCAGAGAUGGAUCGCCAGAGCCGCCCCAUGGCCUUCACUAUCACCAUCCUGCCUGUUAAUGACCAACCCCCUGUCCUCACUACAAACACAGGCCUGCAGAUCUGGGAAGGGGCUACUGUGCCCAUCCCUCCUGAGGCCCUCAAGAGCACAGACAAUGACUCAGGGACAGAAGACCUGGUCUACACCAUCGAACAGCCUAGCAACGGACGGGUAGUGCUGCGGGUGGCACCAAGCACAGAGGUCCGCCACUUCACACAGGCCCAGCUGGACAGUGGGCUCGUACUGUUCUCACACAGAGGAGCUCUGGAUGGAGGCUUCCGCUUCAACUUCUCUGAUGGCAAGCACAUGUCCCCUGGACAAUUCUUCCGAGUGGUGGCUCAGAAGCAAGUGCUCCUCUCUCUAGAGGGCAGCCAGACAUUGACUGUCUGCCCAGAGUCUAUGCAGCCACUUAGCAGCCAGAGCCUGAGAGCCAGCUCCAGCACAGGCACUGACCCCCAUCACCUGCUCUACCGGGUAGUACAAGGCCCCAGGCUUGGCCGACUCUUCCAUGCCCAGCAGGGUAGUGCUGGAGAGACCCUGGUGAACUUCACCCAGGCUGAGGUAUACGCUGGGAAUAUUCUGUAUGAGCACGAAAUGUCUCCUGAGCCUUUCUGGGAAGCCCAUGACAACAUAGAGCUCCUGCUGUCCUUACCACCUGCCCGGGAUGUGGCUGCCAACCUUGAUGUGAUUGUGUCUUUCGAGGCUGCCUGUCCCCAGCGCCCCAGUCGCCUCUGGAAAAACAAAGGUCUCUGGGUCCCUGAGGGUCAACGGGUCAAGAUCACCAUAGCUGCCCUUGAUGCUUCCAAUUUCCUGGCCAGUGUUCCAGCACCUCAGCACACACAGCAUGACGUGCUCUUCCAGAUCACUCAGUUCCCCACCAGGGGCCAGCUGUUGGUGUCUGAGGAGCCGCUCCACGCAAGAAGGCCCCACUUCCUGCAGUCUGAACUGGCUGCAGGACAGCUGGUGUAUGCCCACGGUGGUGGGGGUACCCAGCAGGAUGGCUUCCGCUUCCGUGCCCACCUCCAGGGGCCAAUGGGGACUUCUGUGUCAGGACCCCAAACCUCUGAGGCCUUUGCCAUCACUGUGCGGGAUGUGAAUGAGCGUCCCCCUCAACCACAGACCUCUAUUCCACUCCGGCUCAUUCGGGGCUCCCGCGCUCCUGUCUCUCGAGCCCAGCUGAGUGUGGUGGAUCCAGACUCAACUCCAGGGGAGAUUGAGUAUGAGGUACAGCGGGCACCCCACAAUGGCUUUCUGAGCCUGGUGGGAGGCAGCGCUGGCCCUGUGACCCACUUCACACAGGCAGACGUAGAUGCAGGACAGCUGGUCUUUGAGGCUAAUGGGAGCAGUGUGGCUGGCAUCUUUCAGCUGAGCAUGUCUGAUGGAGCCAGCCCCCCACUGCCGAUGUCCCUGGCUGUGGAUGUCUUACCAUCAGCCAUUGAGGUGCAGCUGCAAGCACCCCUGGAGGUGCCCCAAGCUUUAGGACGCUCCUCACUAAGCCAGCAGCAGCUCCAGGUGAUUUCAGAUCGUGAGGAGCCAGACGUAGCAUACCGUCUCACUCAGGAGCCCCUGUAUGGACAGCUUCUAGUGGGUGGGCAACCCGCCUCUGCCUUCAGCCAGCUGCAGGUAAACCAAGGGGAAGUGAUCUUUGCCUUCACUAACUUCUCUUCCUCUCAGGAUCACUUCAAAGUCCUGGCGCUGGCCAGGGGUAUGAAUGCAUCAGCCACUGUGAAUGUUACAGUGAGGGCUCUGCUGCAUGUGUGGGCAGGUGAGCCAUGGCCCCAGGGUACCACCUUGCGCCUAGACCCCACUGUGCUAGAUGCCAGUGAGCUAGCCAACCUCACAGGCAGUAUGCCCCACUUCCGGCUUCUGGCAGGACCCCGAUAUGGCCGUGUGGUCCGUGUGGCCCGAGCCCGAGCAGAACCUAGGAAUAAUCAACUUGUGGAGCAGUUUACUCAGCAGGACCUGGAAGAGGGGAGACUGGGGCUGGAGGUGGGCAGGCCAGAGGGUAGGUCCCCUGGCCGAGCAGGUGACAGUCUCACUCUGGAGCUGUGGGCCAGGGGUGUCCCACCUGCCGUGGCCUUGCUGGACUUUGCCACUGAACCUUAUCAUGCAGCCAAGCCCUACAGUGUGGCCCUGCUCAGUGUCCCUGAGGCUUCUCGGACAGAAACAGAGAAGCCAGAGAGAAGCACACCCACUGGCCAACCUAGCCUAGCAGCAUCCACCCCAGUGCCUACUGCAGCCAAGGGCGGUUUCCUAGGCUUCCUGGAGGCCAACAUGUUCAGUGUCAUCAUCCCCGUGUGCCUGGUUCUCCUGCUCCUGGCCCUCAUCUUGCCUCUGCUCUUCUACCUCCGCAAACGCAACAAGACAGGCAAGCACGAUGUCCAGGUGCUGACCGCCAAACCCCGCAACGGCCUGCCUGGUGAUACAGAGACCUUUCGCAAGGUAGAACCAGGCCAAGCCAUCCCACUGACAGCUGUGCCUGGCCAGAGACCCCCGCCAGGAGGUCAGCCUGACCCAGAGCUGCUUCAGUUCUGCCGGACACCCAACCCCGCCCUCAGGAAUGGCCAGUACUGGGUGUGAGCCCUGGCCUGGGCCCAGAUGCUACCCACCCCCCAAACCCACUACUUCUGUGCCCUGAUGCUGCCUGGGGAUCCCCAGAGCCAAAAAGAACUGGAGAUGCCAGGGGUAGAGGAAUGGGGAUCCUGGACAGAGUGGAAUCAAGAGCUGGAACCUCCCUCAGUUCACUUAGACCUGGAGAACCACAGGGGCUACAGUGGGAAGCAGACUAAAGUCAUCCUGCUGCCCAAACCAGGUUGACCUCCUAGGUGGGUCACAACUCUGCUUCUUGGGUCUGUGACCUUAGGUAAGUCACAUCUGACUUAGGCUGCCAAGAAGGUCCGGAGAAGAGAGCACCCUGGGUUUUCCAUCCCAAGCCUGAUCUCCUCUUGUCUCUGCCCCAGACCUGAAGGACAAACUCUCUCACUCUGGUGUUUUAGGGAGAUGCUAUUCCCUGGAGCUGAGCAGGGAGGUGUGUUAGCCGAUAGAUUAAUAUAUUCAGGGUGCAGGGUGGGUUGGGCUGCUCUGGGGCUGGCUUAUUUAAGGCAAGAAAGUUAUUUAACAUGGUGCUGGGCUACCCAGGCCUGAUGGAACCCCUGAGGGUAUGGGAUGGAGGAGGAUCUGAAGCUAGUUCACUCCCAGGUCCUACUUGGAAGCCCUGAAGCAUUGGUGGACAGCCCAAAGCAGCCUAGUUUGGAGAGGGCCACUCUGUUGGCCAUGUCCCUCUAAGGACUAGGGAACAGGCAGGUUGGGGCACUUGGCUUCAUGGAGCCUGGUUAAAUGGUGCUCCAGGGGCUCUGGACAGCUGAGUGUUGUUUUUGUCAGACUAUGCCCUGGGCUCUUAUCCAUGGUGGCCUCACUCCCAUGGGACAGGUCUCACAGGGUUGGGGAUGGGCAGAUCUGGACAAACCUCUGAAUUUUCACCUCCUGGGGCCUUCCUGAAGUCCUCUACCCCUACCUGUAUGGGCAGGUGGGCCAUUUGUUGAGAUGGGACCAAAGCCCUUCCUCUAUAAGGAACUUCAGGGAAAGAAUAAAAAUAAAUACUCCCAGCCCUAGA